UGUCAAUCAAUCAUCCCACUCUUUUUCUUUUCAGUUUCCGUUUUCCCAAUAAUGUUUGCUGCUGCUGCUCGUGCCAUUGCUGCCAACGCGCGCUCGUACGCCACUGCCGCUGCCGGCGUCUCUGCUGAGGAGGCCCACGCCGCCCACGCCACCGUCACCUGGAAGCGAAUCUCGCUGUUUGUCGCCUUCCCGGCCGUCCUGCUCGCCACUGCCAACGCUGUGGCCGCUCACGAGGAGCACCACGACUAUAUUGCGUACCCCCACCUGCGCAUCCGCAACAAGGCUUUCCCUUGGUCUGACAGCGACCACUCGCUCUUCCACAACCCGCACACCAACCACUAAACGCAGCUCUGUCCAGCGUGAUUUGGUCAUAUCUGCUAGUCCAGACCAGCUUUUGUUUUUUCGUCUGCUUGUCUUUCGUGCCUGUCCAAGCAGUUGUCGUGAAUGUAGUGCCCCCUGUGUAUUUUGUGUGUGUGUGUGUGUGUGUGUAAGUGUGUGUCCUUUGUGCAUCAACACGCGUUGUUGCUCCAUUCUGGUCCAAUCAUCUCCAUUGUGCACAAACCCGCAAUUUAUUCGACAAAUUCAU